GGGGCGGCGCAUGAGCGUUGCUGCUGCCGAGUCUCCUCCAUUCUGCUCUGACCGCCCGUCCAUCUCCAUCCCCGCGGAGGCAGGAGGUGCACAGCCAGCACGGGCAGCCGAGGAGAGGGACCACGAGACUUCCACGCCAUGACCAAAGACGACUCGACAGAACUCCCUUCUGAGGAGGGCCACCAGCUGAUGGAGUUCCAGAGCCCUGUCCUGGAGAGGAGGAAGAAGCCUAUUGUCCAUCCCUCUGCCCCAGCUCCGCUCCCCAAAGAUUAUGCUUUCACUUUUUUUGACCCAAAUGACCCAGCGUGUCAAGAAAUUCUCUAUGACCCCAUCACCACAGUCCCAGAGUUGUUUGCGAUUAUCCGCCAGUGGGUUCCCCAAGUGCAGCACAAGAUCGACAUCAUCGGCAAUGAGAUCUUGAAGCGUGGCUGCCACGUCAAUGACCGGGAUGGGCUGACAGAUAUGACACUACUUCAUUAUGCUUGUAAAGCUGGUGCCCACGGCGUCGGUGACCCGGCCGCUGCUGUGCGUCUUUCUAACCAGCUACUGGCUUUGGGUGCGGACGUCACCCUUCGCAGCCGCUGGACCAACAUGAAUGCCCUCCAUUAUGCUGCCUACUUUGACGUCCCGGAACUCAUCCGCAUCCUGUUGAAGGCCUCCAAGCCAAAAGUUCUCAACUCAACAUGUAGUGAUUUCAACCAUGGGACUGCCCUGCACAUCGCUGCUUCGAACCUGUGCCUGGGGGCUGUGAAGUGUCUGCUGGAACAUGGAGCCAACCCUGCUGUCAGGAACAGCAAAGGCCAGGCCCCGGCUGAUGUCGUUCCAGACCCAAUGGACAUGACCCUGGAUAAAGCUGAGGCUGCCAUGAUAGCCAAGGAGCUGAAGCAGCUGCUUCUGGAUGCCGUUCCUUUGAGCUGCAACCUCCCCAAGGUCACCCUGCCCAACUACGACAAUAUUCCAGGCAACCUCAUGCUCAUCUCCCUCGGCCUGAAACUUGGCGACCGAGUCAUGGUGGAUGCACAGAAGGUGGGCACCUUGCGUUUUUGCGGCACGACAGAAUUUGCAAGUGGCCAGUGGGUGGGCGUGGAGCUGGAUGAGCCUGAUGGCAAGAAUGACGGCAGCGUGGGAGGAAUCCGUUACUUCAUUUGCCCUCCAAAGCACGGAGUGUUUGCUUCCGUGUCCAAGAUCACCAAAGCUGCCGACCAGACUCCUUCCUCCGUAACCUCCACCCCACGAACCCCCCGGGUGGACUUUUCCCGCAUGACCGCAAAGGGCCGCAAGGAGAAGGACAAGGACAAGAAAGCUCUCAGGAAGAAGUCCUUGUCUGUCGGUAGCCUGGACCGUGAAGGGUUGAAGAUUGAGAUUGGCAAUCAGGUCCUAGUGGCAGGACAGAAACAAGGCAUCAUUCGUUUCUAUGGGAAGACAGAUUUUGCUCCAGGCUACUGGUUUGGUAUUGAACUUGACAAGCCCACAGGCAAACAUGAUGGCUCUGUCUUCGGAGUUCGCUAUUUCACAUGUGCCCCUAAGCAUGGAGUCUUUGCCCCUCCUUCCAGAGUGCAGAGAAUUGGAGGCUCAAAAGAUUCCCAGGGUGACGGUACAUCAGCCAAGAAGGUCCACCAAGUGACUAGUAGUUUCACAGCCAAAGCGCAACUUCACAGCAGUCAGAACCCCGAAAGAUAUCACAUCAGAAAACUCCAUCUCUAGGUUACUUUUCUGCUGCUGGUUCCCAUGGAUGCUCCGCGCGGAAAUGCAGUCGUAAACCUCCCCGUGGUGCCCUCUUCCUCGUUCCUCUGCUGUUUUUUCGCUCUCCAAGUAAUCAAAGACUGCUCUUCAGUUCUUUCUAUAUCAUCUCUCCUUCCCUGAUUGCCGUUCUAGUGAACCCCAGUGCCUUGUUAAAACAUAUUAACACCAUCCCUCUGGUAGUUUGUGAGAAAUGCUAUACUGAUCCCUUCUGUUUCCUGGCACUCGUACCCAUUGGGAUUUCAGCUCAACCAGGUCUCUUCUGGCACCUCUUCUUUUUCCAAAACUCAUGCGAUUAGUCAGCUCAGACUUAUAUGGAGGCAGACCUAAUAGCUAUGGUAUGGAGAGGAGUCUCUGACUCCUACCAUUCCCCCCCCCCCGGAAUUCUUAAUUAUACCUGCUGGAAAAUCACACAUGCAAAGCAGAUUGUCUUGGUGGAAGCCAAACCCUGUUGCUCAAGAUGAGAUUAAUGUUAUCUAUCCUCUCCUUGUUUUAGCUGCCCCAUGCAAAGAGGCUGCUCUAGGCAACCGAGAGUCACUUGUUACUCCUGUACAUAGCUACUUAGUUCUAAAAAUGGCUGCUCAGAAGCCAACUCCUUUGAGUUCAAUGCACCUUAUGUGCAGGUGUAGCAGAGGUGGCCUACAGGCCCCGUUUCUCCCCACCAACACCACCCUCAGCCCCACUAGGGCAGUGCCGACAGUAUGACUUUGAAUGCCAGUUGCCGAGUAUCACAAGCUGGGAGAGUGCUGUUGCACUCAGUUCCGGCUUCCCAGCUUCCCAUUGUGGCAUCCAGUUAGCCACUGCGAGAACAGGAAGCUGGACUGGACGGACCUUUGGCCUGACCCAGCAGGGCUCUUCUUAGGUCCAGAGAGCAGGAAUGCAGUCAGAUUAUAGCGAUCAUUGUUAUUUUCUACCUCCACUGUCAGAGGCAGUAUUCCUCUGAAUCCCCAUUGGUGGGAAUCACAAGUGGGAAGAGUUGCUCUUGUGCUUAGGUCCUGCUUGCAGGCUUUCCAUACAAGUGUCUGGUUGGCUGCUGUGAGAACAGGAUGCUGGACUAGAUGGGCCACUGGCCUGAUCCAGCAGGCUCUUCUGAUGAGAGUGGAGAGGUUUCAACCUCCCUGCCGAUCUCGUAAACAGGGGAAGGGGAGACUGUAGUCUCUUUAUGCCUUUGCCAAAGGGCCCCUUCUCCCUCUGGCAUGGUUACAAGGUCUCGGAGAGGCUUAGGAAACAGGAAGAAGCACUUCCUGCCUCCCCAGUGCUGCCCUAGAGAACAAAAAGCGCCAUAUAGGAUUUCAGCUUUAAGCAGUAACGCAGCUGUUGCCAACUUGGUGUCCUCCAGGUGAACUACACUCCCAUCAGCCCGCACGGCCAUAUGAUGCGGGGGCUGAUGGGAGUUGAAGUCCAAAACGUCUGGAGGGCACCACGUUGGCCAAGGCUGACUCUGGUAUGGUUUUCUCACUAUCCUCAAAACAGGAGCAGAAGUCCACCAUGCCAAAAACCUUUUUCAUACCAGUUUGUAUCAUCUCUGAGCACACAGACUUGCCUAACCAAUUUAGUUUUCUUUGGGAUUUUAAAAGGGGAAAAAAUUAUCUGUGGGGGUACAGAUGCAAGAAGACACCUCGAGUGAAAUGUUGUAUUAGCAGCUGUGCUUAGCAAAUGUAUGUGUGAGUUAGCAUACAGGGAGGAGUAAAUCGCCCAAAACCAGCCUGUAACGGUGUGUAAUGUGUCUGUCUCUGUGCGUAUAUCAAACAUAUAUUUCCAGAAGUCACUUUUUCCCCGUUAAAAAAAUUGGGGGAGGGGGAAGAGAAAUAUUAUAACUCAGCCUUUGCAACCUGGUGCCCUCUGGAAGUUUUGGACUAUAGCUCCCAUCAGCCUCAAAGCACCAGGAUGGCAAAGACUGCUUGUAAUUCAGUUUAUUCUCCCUCCAGCAUUUAUUCACUGCAACGUAUUAGAGCUUAAUCCAUCCUGGUUAACAUUUCAAACACAUGCCAUUUGCUCAGAGGUUCCUGUCUUAGUUCCCUUGAAAACGGUGUAAUUGAAACUGGGGGACAGCCAAAAAACACAGAGGUGCACCCCUAUUGGAACAGCCCUUGGCGCUGGCAAGCUGGAUGGAGCAGAGUUCCUGGGUUCCGGCUUUUGCUAAAGUUAACAAAGGAGAACAGAGCAGGAAACACAAUGGUGUUAAAAAGUGAACUCGAAGAGCAAAAUCUUCAAAUCUGAUCACCGUUUUGGUGGAGGGAUCUCUGCAUCAGCACUUUAAAUAUUCUGAGAUUUUGGAUUCAACCCAGGUGGCAUCUGAAUUCAGGAAAAGUAUGCAAUUAGGAAAGAAAGAAGUCUGCAUAAUUUCCUUUCAGACCCAGCUAAGAUUCCCAGACUUUCUCCCUGCUUGGGAAAGGAGUGAAGAACAGACUGUUUCCCCACCUUCUGAGCAAAUUGCUUACCUGUCCACCCCUCUGCAUGUGCUUCUGUUUCCUUCAUUGACACACCUGCAAACUCAGUUUGGAGGCUGGAAAUAGCAGUCCUGAAAACCAAACAGAAGGCUGUGGGAAGAUUACUAGGAUUGCUGCUUUUAGAAGCCCUCUGCCUUCAGCGUCCGUUGUAUGUGCAGAAAUCUAACAGGUGCACCAAAAUCCAACCGAUGCAGCCUUUUGGGGCUUCCUGUAAUGAUACUACACCUGUUGAAUUUCUGUUUGUCAUGCAGCUACUAAAUGGCAUAAAACAAACACAAGAAAUGAAGGCUGUUUGGGCAUCCUUUCGACUGCCACGUAAUGAGAGGAUGUUUGCAUUCCAGCACCACCACCCCAAAAAGCAUAGUUAAACCAUGCCAGGGCUUUGGGAAAGACUGGUAUGUAGAAAAUUAUAGUCCUAGGCUCUUAGCUUGUCUCUUCCAGUCCACUUCAUCCUAGACCCUCACCCCCCAUUUUCUCUUUGUUGUUUUGAGAUGCUAAGGAGCCCCUACCUUGCACCCAUAUUUUGCCAUCAGCUCACCAUUAUUAAACUGUAAAUAGACACGCCCUCCACACUCACUUGUCCUUGAAACUCUAUCACUAGACUUUUAGGAAGCCCCCUGCAAUCUUUCAUUGACCAGCAAUAAAUAAACCUUUCCGUUGAUUUCAUCUUCACCUUGGCCACUCUGGGAAGAAACCUUGGUGCAGGCGUGGCUGGUGGCUCCAUGUCGGUGUGGCAGUGGGAUCCGCUCUGAGAUUUAGUCUGAACUUUCAAGGAGCUGAUACGGGGCCACCAGCCGCGGCUGCCCUGGUGUGUCCCUGCACUUUCCCUUAUGAACCAGGGGGUCAAUGCCCGCGCUGUAGAAAUCACAGCUGGGGCUGCGCCAUCUUCCCCAAACGUAGCUAUUACAACUUGCCACUGACAUCCCAGUCUCGGCAGCAGGGCCUCCGCAGUGGCUUUCCGUAAUAUCUCCUUCCUUUUAAUAUAGAAAUCACACUGGAUUGUAUUCUUUUGGCCUACGCGUAUAUUCUUUAUUUUUUAAACAAACAAAAUAACUUUGUAAACUGUCGAGUGAGAUGGCUUGCCAUGCCCUCUGCUGAGCUCUCUGUUGAAUCUUGCAUGAUUUCUGUCUUACCCGAUUCCCGUCCGUCCAGGCUCACUGGAAGAAAAGGGGAGGGGGUACUUAGCAUGACAAAAAUAUCACUAUG